UUUCGUUUUUCUAGAUAGAAAAUGCUUUAAAUGAAAAGGAAUCACGACAACAAUUUUUGGCUCAAGUAGGAGCAACAAUUCUGAACAGAUCAGAUUUUAUUACCUUGGGACAUCCAAAUGAUGUUGAAGGGACUAUUUUGAAUGCCUGCCUUUCAAUGGUCAGAGAUAUUGCUGAUUUAAAGAACAUAAAGGUCCAUUGUUUUAGCUCGUAUGUGACGGUGACAUGGUUGCCACCAUUGUGUGCAGACCCUUCAGCUAACUUACCUGACCAUAUAGCAGAAUGUGACUUCAUCUUACUCCCUUCCUGGGCAUCAAACCAUUGGAUGAUAUGUGUAAGUCUAUUUUGUUUAAAUUAUCAGUUCUCCUUAAUGCAAGUAACACUGAGAUAUUUUGACAUAACUAACAGUUGUAUCUUCCAAGAAUCAUUUAAUAGAACUAGUUUUACAGAUCAUGAAACCAAAAAGCAGAGAGAUGUAUUUGCUUGAUUCACUGCACGGCACUGACUUCAGCGAUUGUCGUUACAUUGAUCCCUACAGGUUUUUUCAGAAAAAAUAUUAAGAGUUCAAAAGAAGUUCAGGAUUAUGGUAGUUCUGUUUUGUGCCAUACAUCCUUUUGCAUGCAUUUUUUAUUUUUUUAUUUUUUAUGGCUCAUUUUUCAUUAAUGCUUAAACUAUUUAAAUCUACCUUAUCGCUGGAAUUAUAUUUUAUAGUUCAAAGAAAACAUUGUUUAAACGAUGAUAAAUGAGCCAAUAAUUUGUUUGGGGAUUUGUUCCACCCCAGUUUGUUUAUUAGUAUUUUAUUAUUAUUUUUGUUCAGUUUUUGUUUUAGUUGUUGUUUCAAUGCUUUGUAGAGUACUUGCACAGCAACUACAUCCUGGGCUGUGGAAAGAGUAUGGACGUGAUGAUCUCAACGGUGCUCCAAGGCAGAAUUGGUCAAAUAAUUGUGGAGUGUUUGUGUUGAUGUACACACUCUAUGUUGUAAUGGGAGGCAUCUUUGAUUUUUCUGAGUCUGACAUGGCUGCAGUAAGGAGAUGGUGGUGCUUGCUCCUGCUAACAAAUUAUCCUGUGAAAUCAGAUGCUGAAAGAAAGCUACUCAGAAAAAGGCGCAAAGAAAUGAAAACAGGUAUAACUUUAACUAAAAUAGGAGAAUUGGAAAAGGAAGCAGAAGCUGAUUACAUAAGUAAGAUGCCACCUGAGAUCCUGAAACACAUCCUCUUGAAUGUGGUCAAAGAAGAUGGAGAUGUGGCCUUCUUCAGACUGUCUCUGACGUGCUGGCUUUUCCAUGAUGUUGUUUGUGACGCAUCAUUCAGAAAAGACGCUCAUUUAGCCUGGCUUGACAGUGUUGUCAACUGGAGUGCAUACUCCAGUGACUACAAGGAGAUGUACCGAGUGCCAUAUAAAGUGACCAGUUGCCUUUGCUGUGGGGACUUAUUUAAAGACUUCCCGCCAGGCUAUAUUGGAGAUGGAAGGAAAGGAAUCCUUCGUGCAUUUUACUCGACCAAAGAGUUUGAAGGUUACUGCUCAGCAGACUGCUUCAUUUGUGACGGCAAUCACUAUAGCCCCAAGGACAACAAUUUAUAAAGUUAAAUAGGAAUUGUCACUUAGGUGACAAUUGCUUGAUCUGACUGCUGUGUUUGUAUAUUGAACUUAAAUUCAGGGUUUGUUUUCUUUUAUUAUUAUUUUUUUAAUAAAUGUACUUGCAUGUCUUGCAGACACUUAACAGCAAAUAAAGAGGAAUCUUAUGUACAGAUCACGGUUGAAAACCAGACAAAAUAUCAUUUUUAUAUAUAUAUAUAUAUAGCACUUUUGUUUAUUUUGACAUCUGACAAGUUUUUAUUUUUCCUUGUUGCUGUUAAUAUUUUUGCGUUUUCCCCAUGAGUGUGUACUGGUAUUUUAAGUUGUAUACAGCCUUUAUUGUAUUGUUCCUUUUAGGAUUAAAAUUACAGAGACAA